AGUCCAAGUGGAAAGAAGUUAAAGUGUGUUUAUCAUAUUUAUGCGCGGGCUGAUUCCAAUAAGUGAGGAAACAAAGGACGGGAAAUUAAAUAGUUGCAUGGAUGCGGUGCGAAACAAAAGUUAGAAGUUAAAUCACAGUUGAAGGGUGAAUUGCCACGGAUACGACAAUACAAUUUAACAGCAAUUUGUGAACUAGUGAAUGUGUGCCCGAUGAGCGAGAGGGUUUCUUGAAAUCAAAAGCAAAUACAGUGCUGGUGUAUUAAUUGUGCUUUCAUCAUUCAUUCAAUCGUAGCCAAGUGCAGCGCAUGUGCAAGGAGACGAUAUCUAAACCAAAGAUAUAUAUAAAAACAAAAAGGAAUAAUAAGCGGUUAAAGAGUGCGCAAGCAGAGCUGCGAACAAGAAUUCAAAAGGCACGAUAGGGAGAAAGAGAACGCAACGAAAGUGGAAGAAAGCAACCAAAAAGUAUUUGUAGGACAUACCAAAAAUUCCAAAUAAGUCCCAUUUCCACUCACCACCGAAAUGUUUCAACACCUCGGAGGCUCAGCAGUUGCAUCAAUUUCGACCAUUUUGUCAAUAUGUUUCCUAAUCAGCACAUUGCGUAUCGAUUGCACAAAUUCGGAGGUCUACACGGCCCUGGCAGAGAUGGAGGAACUUCUUGAGACUGAAUCGGUAUUAAUAACGAAUUUAGAGGGAUAUCUUAAGGUGCAACAACAAAAGUUGGACUACCUCAAAAAUAAACUGGGCGAGUACCAAAGAGAGCACGAGGAUGCAGCCACGGAUAUGCCCGCCUACGUCUCAAAUCCAAUUAACGCAUAUCUGUUGACGAAGCGACUGACCACCGACUGGCGGCAGGUGGAGAAUUUAAUGGCCCAUGAUGUUGGCAUUGAAUUCUUGAAUAAUAUUACGAACUACCGCCAUAUAUUGAAAUUUCCAUCCGAUGAAGAUUUGAAUGGAGCGGCUGUCGCGUUGAUGCGAUUGCAGGACACGUACAAACUGGACACAUCGAGUGUGGCUCGUGGCAUGCUCAAUGGCAUACAAUACAGUACGGAAAUGUCUUCAGAUGAUUGCUUUGAGUUGGGUCGUCAAUCGUAUGUCAAUCACGACUAUUACCACACUGUCCUAUGGAUGAAUGAGGCAAUGACCCGACUGCAAGAGGAACCUCAAAAUCAAACCCAAAGUUUCACACGCGCCGACAUUUUGGAAUAUCUCGCCUUUUCCACAUACAAACAAGGCAACGUCGAAAGAGCCCUUACAAUGACUAAUGAACUUUUGGAACUAACGCCCGACCACGAACGCGCCAGAGGCAAUAAGGUGUUUUACGAAAAGGAGAUUGCCGAACUCCAAGCUGAACGCAAAGUCAAAGGCGACGAUGGCAGCGAGAGCACACCGGUCUCGGAUUUGCCCAUUGCCAAGGGAGAUCCCAGCGUAUACACCUUCAGCGAACGCAAAGCGUAUGAAAUGCUUUGUCGUGGCGAAUUGAAACCGUCACCAGCGGAUUUGCGACCAUUGCGCUGCCGCUACGUCAACAAUAAUGUGCCCUUCUUGCGCUUAGGACCACUCAAACUUGAGGAAGCCUACUUGGACCCCUACAUUGUAAUCUAUCAUGACGUGAUGCAGGACAAUGAAAUAGAAUUGAUGAAGAAAAUGGCACGACCACGAUUCCGUCGUGCUACCGUGCAGAACGCAGUGACGGGCGAAUUAGAAACGGCCAAUUACCGGAUCAGUAAAUCGGCAUGGAUACGCACCGAAGAGCAUAAGAUCGUUGAAAAUAUUGUGCAACGCACGGAAGAUAUGACGGGAUUGGACAUGACUGUAGCUGAAGAAUUGCAGGUGGUGAAUUAUGGCAUUGGUGGGCACUAUGAGCCGCACUUUGAUUUUGCGAGAAAAGAUGAAAUUCGCGCCUUCCAGGGACUCAAUACCGGCAACCGCAUCGCGACAGUGCUCUUCUACAUGAGCGACGUGGAGCAGGGUGGUGCCACAGUCUUUACAAACCUGCGCAUUGCCGUAUGGCCCAAGAAAGGCUCAGCUGCUUUUUGGUACAAUCUGCAUAGAUCCGGAGAAGGGGAUUUCAGAACGCGCCAUGCGGCUUGUCCAGUUCUCACUGGCUCUAAGUGGGUCUCUAACAAAUGGAUUCAUGAACGCAAUCAAGAAUUCCGUCGACCUUGCGGCCUUACACCUGACCAUGGCGAAUUCGCAAUUUAGUGCAAUAAUAGAAACAAAGGAACAAAUGGACAAUACAACCUUCUUUCACUUGCGACAGAGACUUGAUACUCCAUGGACGUAGUUGAAAAUUAACAAGCAUUCAAUACAAAAUCUCAAAUUUCCGAGGACCUACAUUUCCGUUUUAUGUUCACACAUUGGCCGGUUUCGGAAACUUUACCAUACUCGUAUGUUUCUGUCAUGCUCUCGUUAGAUUAUCCGAAUUUAAAUUGAAUAUGGCAACCACAUGUACUUGUUCACAAGCAGGAACUUACUCUAUAAAAAGUUUCUUCUAGGAAAUUUGAUCUGCCAUUUUGUAAAUGCCGAAUUAGUGAAUUUAAAUUUUAUAAUUAUUAAGUAAUUUUUUUCUACUUAUAAUUGUAUGUAUGUAUUUAGUUUCUUAUGAAAAUUUUUUAAGUUAUGUAAAUAAAAAAUGAAUUUACUCAGAUUUGUUAUAUAAUAAUAUUAAA